AUGCCACCGUCGGCGAGGCCACUGCUCGCUGCCGCCGCCGUCCUCUGCGUCUGGCUGCUGGUGGCCGUGGCGGAGGCCAAGGAGCACCAUUACGAGUGGGACAUCUCCUACCAGUUGAAGUCCCCCGACUGCUUCGAGAAGCUCGCGGUGACCGUCAACGGCGAGGCUCCCGGCCCGACCAUCCGCGCCACGCUGGGCGACACCAUCGUCGUCGCCGUCCACAACAAGCUCGAGACCGAGAACACCGCCAUCCACUGGCACGGCAUCCGCCAGACUGGCACGCCGUGGGCUGACGGCGUCGCCGGCGUCACGCAGUGCCCCAUCCUGCCCGGCGAAACCUUCACCUACAAAUUCGUCGUCGACAGACCUGGCACGUACCUGUACCAUGCGCACUACGGGAUGCAGCGCGUGGCGGGGCUCAACGGCAUGAUCGUGGUCACCGUGCCGGACGGCUUCGUCGAGCCCUUUUCUUACGACGAGGAGCACACCGUCCUCCUCGGCGACUGGUGGCACAAGAGCGUCUACGAGCAGGCCACGGGCCUCUCCUCCAACCCCUUCGUCUUCGUCACCGAGCCCCAGUCUCUCCUCAUCAACGGCCGAGGAAUGUUCAACUGCUCGCUCGCUCCCAGUGGAACGUGCAACGCCUCCCGCCCCGACUGCGCUCUGCCGACUCUCUUCACCGCCGUGCCGGGGAAGACAUACCUCCUCCGCAUCGGCAGCCUCACCUCGCUCUCCUCGCUCUACUUCGAGAUCGAGGGCCACCCGAUGAUGGUGGUGGAGGCCGACGGGCACUACGUGCGGCCGUUCGCCGUGAGGGGCCUUUUCAUCUACUCCGGCGAGACGUACUCCGUGCUGGUCAAGGCCGACCAGGACCCGCGGCGAAACUACUGGGCUGCGUCCCACGUCGUUGGCCGCAACCCCAGCCAGACACCCAGCGGCAAGGCCGUUGUCAGCUACGCCUUCAACGGCAACAACCCGUGGAUGCCUCCGCCCACGGCGCCACCGGCUGGCCCGGCAUGGAACAACACGGCUAUCAGGGUGGAGCAGAGCAGGGCCAUCUUCGCGCACCCACGCUUCGUAGAGCCCAUGCCGGCGAGGGCCGACCGCACGCUGCUCCUCCUCAACACCCAGAACCGGAUCGAUGGCCACAUCAAGUGGACUAUCAAUGGCGUGUCCCUCAUGUUCCCGGCCACGCCGUACCUCGUGGCGAUGAAACGCGGCAUGAAAGACGCGUACGAGCAGCGCCCCCCGCCCGACAUGUACGACCACAUGAGCCACGACAUCUCCGCGCCGGCGCCGACGAACGGGACCGUGGGCAGCCCGGUGUACCGGCUGGCGCUCGGCUCCGUGGUGGACGUGGUGCUGCAGAACUCCAACGCGCUCAACAACAAGACCGAGACGCACCCGUGGCAUCUCCAUGGUCACGACUUCUGGGUGCUCGGCCACGGCGAAGGUAAGUUCAACCCUGCCGCGGACGCCUGGAGGCUGCUCAACGUGAGGGACCCGAUCAUGAAGAACACGGUGCCGCUGCACCCGGAUGGGUGGACGGCGGUGCGGUUCCGGGCGGACAACCCGGGGGUGUGGCUGUUCCACUGCCACGUGGAGGCGCACGUGUUCAUGGGCAUGGGUGUGGUCUUCGAGGAGGGCGUCGAGAGGGUCGGCCGGCUGCCAUCGUCCAUCAUGGGUUGUGGUCAAUCCAAGGGGCUGCACUGA